UAAUCGGUACACAUCAAGAAGGGCGAGCCCAGAUUCUAAAAUUAGAUAGUUGUUUCUGUUCGGUCGGUGCCCCGAGGCUGCCAUUCUUUCCAUUAGCCUACCCGCGGCGCGAGCGGACCUGUGGGGUUACGUCUUCGGUGCAGCCCUUCCUCACUUGUAACUCAGCGCUAUGCUGGGCAAGAAAACCUGACCCCCUGCAAUGCCCGUUGCUCUGUGAUUAGAGCAAACACUGCGUGAGGUUAUACUUCCCUUCCUGUAUCAGUCAGGAGGCUAAGUCACCGAAUUCUACAUUGUAGCACUUUUGACAGUUUGGCUGUUACUCAGGAGAGACACGAUGUCGAACGGGAAUAAUUACUUAAACCUCCCUAGUAAGGAGACUAUUCUCAGCACGAAAUCUGCCGAAGAGACGGACAACUCGGCGAUAGACGAUGAGGACGACGACGAGGAGUGCUACACGCUCGUGCCGAGGUCCUCCCCCGUGCCCAGAAAGCGCGGAUUGUCACUCUUCGACGAAACCGUGGAGUACAUGAAGAUUCGUCUGACUUUGCCAAGCAGAAGGGUGUCUUUCGUUGACAGCCUAGGUGGGGAUUUGGUGGAAGUCAAAGAGUUCGUCGCUUUUGACUCGGACGAAGAGGAAGACCCGAGAUGGGAAAUAGAGGACGCUCGCUACCGCCCCGCGACCCACGAACCAAUUUACCAGGUGUGCCCAGACUUCGAGGUUCCGACCGACACAGCCUUAAUGCUCGCGGUGCAAAAGAACAAAAUAGAGAUGGAGUCCGUGUCCGUCGUAGAGCACGACCCGCUUUCAUUCACUGGAUUGAUUCGAGUCCUUAACAUUUGCUUUAAUAAGUCGGUCUACGUUCGCUUCACCAUGGACGGCUGGGGCACAUUCUUCGAUUAUCCUGCAGACUACGUGCAGGGCUCCAACGACGUUGAGACAGACCAGUAUUCCUUCAAGCUGUCGUUUGCUGGACCUUAUAUAACGCACGGCAGCAGAAUUGAGUUUGUUUUGCGCUAUGAAACCCCCGAGGGAGACUACUGGGCGAACAACGAAGGGAAGAAUUACGCGGUGGUUCUGAACGUAUCCUACAUGGAUGAUACUGUUCAAGGGAAUGGGAUGGAUGACCGAAAACUCAAAAGUAUCCUGAAAGCAGCCAGAGCGGAGGACGACUUUGAGGAGAUCCAGGCCGCAGACAGUGUGGAAGCGGACGCGAGGGGCACGGGGACGGAGACCGCCGCGCCGAAGCGCGCGCCCGCUCGACCGCAAAUCGCUCGGCCUAAGAUUGACAUCGAGAAUAAAGAUGCCAGACCCAGCUCCCCCUCCAAGACUGACACAGAUCAUCGAAUAGUAGACAGUGUUCCGCUUUGUGCUUCCGAACCCCCCUGUGAGACACCCCUGUCCGUCUCGGCUGUGGAACAGGUAGCAGUCUUCAAACCGAUAACUAGUCAGCCCCUAGCAACUCAGCCUCAGUCUGAAUCCCCACAGAAAGCUGAUUUUACAGAAUGCGAUUGGGUCGUCGAAGAGCAUAAGGAGGACACGAGGAUCUGCAGCUAUGACACCAAGACCAAGAUUACAGUCAAAGUCUCCUCAGAGUCACAUAUUUUUUGCCGAACCACCACUUCUGAGCAAAUCCUCCCUCCCCAUGACGAGAACGGUCAUGAGAAAGACCAGGAUGCACUGAAAGGAGAGAGCGACUCAGAACCUCCUUAUAAAAUCCAAGAGCCACCCCUCAGUAUCCGUAUUCCCUAUAAAGACCCGGACACCGACUAUAAGCUUGAAAUGGAGGCUAAUGACCAGAUCAGACAGGAUGUUGAGGGUUAUCUCAGAUACACAGAGGCCUUCGGCAGUUCUCAGGGCUUGGUCAGUGAAAGCCAGGAAACAGGUCCACCUGAGGAGGUGAGUGAGACAGACCCUGAGGGAGAGCUUUCUGUCCCAAGACCAGCCGUAACCUUAUCUGGAGAGGAACCGGCAGGCUUUGACUCCAUUUGCACCCGCUCUCCACCUGUCUAUCCCAAACUGGUCCGAUCUGAGAAGGACCAACCAUCUGAAAGCCCAGAAGAACCUGUCAAUGUUCCUUACCCUGCCCGGGCCCUCCACUUCUUACCAGAUGAACUAGCCACCGAGUUUGAUGAGUUAUUAGUUUCCUCAGGUUAUGACACUGAUCCCACGGAAUCUCUCUUGGAGUCUCCGGUAGCUUCUGUGGGGGAAAUUAGUCACACAGUGCUAGACACCAUGGGGGAAAUCACCACACCACCGCACACUGCAGAUCCUGAUGUCGUUAUGCCGUCAGUGAGCCACACAUACUCCCAUGUUCCAGACCAAGGAGUCUGGGAGGAAUUUGCUGAAGAAUAUUCCUUCUGUACUGUUGGUCCAAGCGACAGUGCCUCUCAGGGCUUAGAAAGCCUUGUAGAGGAGGAGGUGGUUCACCAGGAAGCUGCAGAACUGGCUGUGCCACAGAGCGACGUUGGCACGAGCAACAGUGCCCCUCAGAGCUUAGAAGACGAACAGGAGGCGGUGGUUCACCAUCAGGCUGCAGAACUUGCAUCUCGUCUACGCCAAGCCUACGUUGCAUCUUCAGUCUUCCUGACCUUCGCCUUUUGCCUGGUGCUAGCCUACCAUCACCCCCAUAUCUUACCCUUGGUGCUGCUUUAUCUCAUCUGUCUCUGAGCAUGUCCGGCAGUCAGCCUGCCACUGCUCGUCCUCAGUCCCCUCCACCAAAGUGCCUGCGAAUUUUGCUGAAAUAAAGCCAGAUGCCCUUCACCCCCGCUGAUAAAAGAGAAUAAAUAAGUGCUUCACAGCCAGGACUGUAAAGAAGGAUCCUUACCUAAAGUAAGGAGAGCUGUUGCAUUCAAAGCUCGGAAACACAGCAGCUUUAGUGAAACAGGGUGAAGGAUGCUUCAUCAUCUGGAAAGUUUUCCUUUGAGUCGGAAAUGGUCGUUUCUGAAACGUCUUCCCCAGAGUCGGAAUCCGUCGUUUCUGAGCCGUGAGCAACUCCAGAACUCAUUUUUGGUUUCACAUCUGCAGAAGUAUUCACACAUGUACUUGAUGUUUGGUUUACAAAAUCUCUUACUACAGGCAUGAUUUUAUACAUUUUUGUAUAACAUUUUCAAAAGAUGAAUGGGUGUGAGGCUAUGUCAUUCCUCGUGUGUGCUUUAACUUUCAUAAGUUUAUUUCUUUUCACAUUAAUGCAACUUUGGCCUGGAUUCAAUCAACAGUUGCCCUUAACCCUAACUUACACACACGGUGAGCUCAACGAAAUGAACUAAACAAACUCCAUUGACAGAGUUCGGUGAGUUCAUUUUCUUGAUUUCUGAACUCACCAAACUUUGGAAAAAGAAAUAUAAACAUUUGUAUUUAAUUGUUUAUAUCACUAUUUCUGUGCACUUAUAUUAUUUUGCAUUGUCACUUUGCAUAGGAGUUAAAUCCUAAAAUAUAUUUUUGUGUCAUAGUGAGUUAAGUACAAAUAUUGAUUGCAUCCAGGCUUGUGUACAUCUGAAGUAUAAAGUCCUGGUCACAUUUGGAAUGCUAAUGAUAAGCAUAAUGAUUCAAAAUUCUUCCUCCUGAGGCCAAGGAACUUGUCACAUCAAGUGAUAUAUAUAGAAUA